AUGGCUGAACCCCGAGGGGAGACGGAGCCGCCGCCGCCGCCGCCGCCGCUGCCGCCUCUGGCCACCCGCAGCAGCCGAAGCCGGACCGGUCCCCCGAGCCUGGAUAGCCGCAGCCUGGGUAGGGUCCCGAGGGAGCCCAAUUGGCUAGCCUCGCUGAGGCUGUCGAUGGGGAUGCCAGGACGGCGGCGAGGGGCGCUGCGGGAGCUGUUGGGGCUACCGGCGGGGCUCGAGCGGGAGGACGAGCAGCCCCGCUCUGGGACGCCGGUGGCUUCGGCUGCCGGCGGCCCCGGCGGGCUCUGCCUGGAACCCCGUGAGCACGCGUGGAUGCUGGCGGCCGCUGAGGGCCGUUUUGAGGCGCUUCAAGAGCUGCUGGAGGCAGAGCCCGCGCUGCUGAACCGCAUCGACCCGGUAACGGGCUAUAGCGCCUUACACUGGCUGGCCAAACACGGCAGCCACGAGGGGCUCAUCCUGGUGCAUGACUUCGCCCGGAGCCGCGGGCUGUCCCUCGACGUGAGUGCCCCCGGCAGCGGUGGUCUCACCCCGCUACACCUGGCGGCGCAACAGGGCCACGACAUGGUCAUCAAGGUGCUGGUGGGAGCCCUCGGAGCCGACUCCAGCCGCCGAGACCACAGUGGUCACCGGGCGUGCCACUACCUGCGGCCCGACGCACCCCCUGGCUUGCGGGAGCUGGCGGGCGCUGACGAGAGCGAAGAGCCUCAGAGAGCCGCUACCGCCGCGGUGGGGUCUGUGCGGCGCAAAGGCCCUCCCGGAAACGCCAACAACAACUGUAGCAUCAGCCGCAACAGCUGGACUGCCCUGCUGCCAGACCGGACAGACGGAGGCGCCCCGGGCGGGGAGAAGGACUCCAGGAUGACCCAAAUUCAGGGAUUUUUCCGGCAACUGUUCUCUGUUUUCCAAGACCGGAGAGCGAUUGAAGAUACCAGAUGAGCCAUUCUGGACGUUUAG